UGCGCUAAUGCCGUAAUGGCCUUUACUACUUUGCCUAAAAAGGUCUCUGCUAGCCGGUUCCUUUCUUUAGGAUCGACCGGAUUGGUAUACCAAAUUACUAGCCAUAUCGCGCUUAAAUAUGCAUGCACGUCAGGCUCUACCACAUUCGAGAACGAGAUGUUUGAUCUCUUUGAGAAACAUACACCUUGUCCACACGUCAUUCAAAGUUUUCUACGUCUUCCCAACGCUAAUUUUUUGGCCUUGAUGAGUGGUGGAUCCCUCGACGCACGCCUACGGUCAUAUCAAAUCCGCAAAGAUCCUUUUGGCAAAGUUUUGGAAGUAUCUAAGACAGAACCGAUUACCCUAGUGAAGCAAUGGCUUAUGGAGCUUUGCCGGGCGGUAGUUUGGCUAGAAUCCCUUGGUUAUGUUCACGGCGAUUUACGCCCCAGCAAUUUGCUCCUAGAUGAUGAUGAUCAUUUGAAAUUAGGGGAUUUCGAUUGCGUUCAGAAAGUCGGAGAACACUUUGAAGGAAAUAGGCCUCCGUGGGCUCGUAUUUUAGGCGAUGAUGCGGAAAAGCUAGGGCUCCAAAGGGGCUCGUUCGGCAUUACUGGGCCAAGAACUGAACAAUUUGCAAUCGGAUCUAACCUUUACUGCAUGGUUUAUGGUUUUGAGCCAUAUGAGGAUACGGACGAUCAAGGUCCGAUCAUUGUCGACUGGUUUCAGGAAAUGAAAUUUCCCGAAUUAAAUAAAAGUUGUUUGGACUUUAUCAUUGAUCGAUGUUGGAAGGGAUAUUAUCAAGAACUAAGAGAUCUAUUACUUGAAAUAGAAUCUCUCUGUGACAUAAGGGUGGAGGCGAAGGUUGUCUCGAUGGAAGAGCUCGACCAGCGCCGAAAGGAAUGCCAGAUCUUAGUUGAAGAUGGAUUGCUAAAUUAGUCCAAGGCGGGUUCUCGAAGAAGCUUGGUCUUUGCAGCACGAGAUUACGAGGGAACGCCUGAAGGAGAUUUUGACAGUCUAAAUUUUAUGGCGGUAAUUAGUGAAGACAGGUACAACUAAGCUAGUAAAAUGAAUUAUUUGACUGCUAUCGCGU